AAUUUAUAAGACGCAGGAUUUAUAAAUUGAUUUAUAUUUGUAGCGUACUUCCCCUUUUGUUAAGCAUACUGGUGUGAAACCUUUGAUAUCGAAUUUACUUACUGCAGUGUAACCUAUUCUAUUAUACGGAAGUUGCAUCACUCUUCAACAGGAUUCAUCACUGCGCAGAUCACUGUUUCAAAAAAAGCAAUUUUUAUUGCUUUAUUGUGAAUAUUUGGACUUUUGGGUUCCGAGUAAACCGUAUCAUAGCAGAUUUUGCUUUAUCUUUACUCUGUUUAACAGGGGUUUUACACGGUACAGAUAAUUUCGAUAAAUAUAUAAAGAUACAUUUUUUCCUUUGUUGUGUUGACCUACUUUCGUAGUGCCGUAGCGUCACUUCUUAAUUUUUUCACUGAAUAUUUCUGUGAGCGAAUAUUUCAUUUAUUAUGGGUGUUAUUUGCUUUACAGCUGACGAAUAACGUCAAAUAUAUUAUUUUAUUGAUUGGUGCGUUCAUUAAUUUUAAUCAGCAUCCCUUUUAUCUUUGUUUUUAUGUAUAGCGUGGUUGACCUACUUUCAUAGCGUGGGUACGCUAAUUUGAUAAGAUACCAAUAGCAUCUUUUUUGUGACAAGGAUUUGUACAAUGUCUACCUCAGUUUUGUUGCUGGGGCACUCGUUUGUUAAACGUUUUCACUUCUGGUGUGCCUCAAAUCACAAACAUAAUUUAAAUUUAUCCUCCAAUAGGAUACAAAUUUACUGGCAUGGUGUAAGUGGAGGAAUUCUCCUGCCAACUAACAAAUCCAAGUCCUUGUCACAAGCUACAUACCUUGUCUCUGAGCUAAACAUUGAUGUUACUUUUGUAGAAGCUGGAAGUAAUGAUCUGUGUGAUUUGUCCUUGUCUGUUGAAGGCAUAAUGCAAGCUUUGUUUGAUCUUGCAGCCACAAUUCUUAAUUCUGGAAGCAAACUGGUGAUCAUUGCGGAAAUACUGCAAAGACGAAAUGACAACAUGUUUAAUAUGCGUGCUCGCCAGGCAAAUGCUCUCAUUUCAGCACAUUGCAGAACGUCUCGUCAACUUAUUUUCUGGACUCACUCACGGAACAAUUUUAACUUGCGCUUUACAGAACAUUUUGCUGCUGAUGAUGGUGUACAUGUCCAUCCUACCCGGGGCAUGCCACGAUAUUUUAUGUCUGUGCGCAGUGCUUUGCUUUUUGCUGAACGCAGGCUUCCAUUGGCAGAGAAUCAAGCUGAGUCUGUUUAAAAUAUUGCUUUCUCAUUUUAAGUUAUUUUCUCCAUUAUUUGACAUUGUGGUGCAAUAUUUUCAGACAACAUUUUGUGAGCUGUAUCGGGAGUGUUGGGAACAGCAGCGUGGAAGUCUGUUCAAAGGUGUCCAUCAGUCCCUGCUCAGCCUGUUCAGUGUUGGAAGAGUAUUCCAUCUGUACUCUCAGUGGUCGAGUAUCCAAAAUCGAGGCGCAAUGGGAAAAGCUGACCCACGGACAGCGAAAGGUGGCAAACGGAAGGCCAGCAGGGCAGCAUCUCCAGAAGAACCAGCCCCCAAACAGAACAGACUUGCAACGCUGAUAGCUGAGGCCAUAUCCCAAGACAGGGAAGUUCUGGAAGAAAUACAGACUCUUCUGACUGCUCCUACUGAGCCCACGAGGAAGCCGGAUGGAACCUCUUCAGCCAUUUCCAUAUCAGAGACUGAUAACAUCAGUGAGGAGUCGGAUGAUGUAUCCUCAGUCCUGGCGAUGUCUAACUUUGGCGACGGCCCUUCAACUAGUUCAGCCGCCGACAUUAGUUUAGGUGUUUUUUCUGUUGUUCAUCCACCUCUAGACCAAAACACUAUGAAUAAGAUUGUUAAUGGGGAAUACGUUGAUUUUCCAUCACUAAUCUUCAAAGAUCAAAAUCAUGAAACAACAACCAUUCACAAAACUCAAUCUUCUACAAUCACAUCAACGCACAAGGCUAGUCGGAAGCAACUUCACAACAUCCAUCAAUGGAAUGAAGCAUUCCAAAUCUACUCCGACAUAUACACCCAGAAAUACCCAACACAAGCCCCCCAUCUUUUCAGGUACAUGACCAUAAUUCAAAGACUGUCCAACAGCACCCGCGCCUGGUUGACCUACGACGAAAAGUUCCGUCGUCUAAGGGCUGCGUGCCCCUCUAUUCCAUGGGGUACUGUCCACAUAGAAACCUUUCUCUUCUGUACGACACUGGGUCAAAGCCAGCCCUUUCGGACCAGUGCAACACCAUCUUCAGGCUUCCGGUCUUUCUCAAACAGGCCUAACAAGUCUCCCUUCUUCAGGAGAGGCUACUGUUGGGAUUUCCAACAAGUGGGUUCAUGUGAACGGCCCAGAUGCACACAAGCACACCGAUGCGGAGGUUGCGAGGGCCCACACGGUGCCUUCCAAUGCAACCAGCCAUUCCUCAAACCUAAACGUAACAACUUCGCCAGUCCUUUCACUCCCAAACCAUCUUCAUUCGGAAAGCCAACAACGUCCCAGCAGCAGCAGCAACAGCAGCAAAAGUAAAGCACCAUUUCCACUUCCAACACCUAUCAUCCUUGAUAAACUUCAUCCACUAUUGAUAGGGUAUGACCCUAGCCUUUCAUUGUUCUUAACCAGGGGUUUCAGUCAGGGGUUUUCUCUUGGAUGUGAGGGCACACUGUCGUCCCGAUUACCCAAAAAUCAUUCUUCAGUAUCUGUCCACAAAGACUUUGUCAAGAACAAGCUUCAAAAUGAACUUCAUUUAGGUCGUAUUAAAGGCCCUUAUAUACAUCCACCAUUUGAUAAUUUCAUCUGCAGUCCUUUGGGUGUGGUACCAAAAAGAGAACCAAAUAGUUUCCGGCUCAUACAUGACCUUUCAUUUUCUCCAUCACAUUCAGGAUCUGUAAACUCUCUCAUCACCAAGAAUUAUUCAGCUGUUACGUUGGAAACUUUUGACCAUGUUGCUGCUCUUGUCCUACAGUGUGGUAAAAAUUCUCUGGUUGCUAAGGCUGACAUACAAGACGCUUUCCGUAUAAUCCCUAUUUGUCCUCUAGAUUACCAUAACUUAGGAUUUUUCUUCAAUGGUGGUUACUAUUUCGAUACAGUCUUGCCAAUGGGUGCGUCUUCUUCAGUUUCCAUCUUCGAAGCCUUUUCUUCUUCCUUGCAGUGGAUCUUACAAAACAAGUUUGGUGUACAAUAUGUAUCCCAUAUUGUUGAUGAUUUUAUUUUUGUGGGUCCUGGCAAUUCUUCUAUUUGUGCUCAAAGCCUGCACACAUUUUUCGAACUUGCUCGAGAAAUAGGGCUUCCUAUCAAACUAUCCAAAACAGUAAAUCCUACAACAAAAGCGGAGGUACACGGCAUACUGAUAGACACUACCACAUUAACGGCUAGUCUUCCACCAGCCAAGGUACAGACUCUCCGCAAUCUCCUCUUUUCGUUCAAACGCCGCAAGAAAACAACUCUAAGAGACUUACAAUCUCUACUGGGGCAUUUGAAUUUUGCUUGCAAAGUCAUCAAACCUGGUCGUUGUUUUUUGCGACGCCUCUAUGAUUUGACUAUUGGUAUUUCUAAACCAACUCAUCAUAUCAGAUUGUCAAACGAAGCUCGCUCUGACUUGUGUCUGUGGUACCAGUUCUUAGAGCAGUACAACGGAUGUACGUUGCUUACCGGAGAUAGAUUUGUCUCCUCCACAACUUUAAAGUUAUUCUCAGAUGCAGCAGGUUCUCAAGGCUUUGCAUGUACACAUGGUACAUCUUGGACCUAUGGAUUGUUUCCCCCCUAUGCUAAAAAACACCACAUAAACAUUCUAGAACUGUACCCUAUAGCUAUGGCAGUUAACAUGUUUGGACAUUUAUGGUCGAACAAAAACAUUCUCUUCAUAACCGACAACAUGGCUGUGAUGUUUUGCCUUAAUAAACAGACCUCGAAAGAUAAGAUUAUGAUGAAACUUGUUCGCUCUAUCGUACUCCAAGCUCUACGAUACAAUUUCUGUUUCCGUUCGAAACACAUAACCACUAAAAAUAACACAAUUUGUGAUCUCCUUUCUCGCCUUCAGAUCCAGGAAGCACUCACAAGGGCUCCACACUUGGACAGAAUCCCUCUUCCGAUUCCACUUGCCAUGAGUCCCUCCAAAUUGCUGCGGUGAAGGAUUAUCUACUACAAAUGUCUCUUGCAAGCUCAACCAGGCGUGCUUAUGACCGGUUCUGGUCCAGGUUCAAAGAUUUUACCUCCAGUAACAAUAUGGGCAGUUUUCUACCUGCCUCUCAUGAGACGGUAGCCUCUUUUGUCGCUCAUUUACAUAUGCGGGGUUACGCGCCUUCAACAUUAAGCAGUCACCUGUCUGCAAUUUCAUACCACCACCAAGUUCAUAAUUUUCCAGACCCUUGUGAUACUUACUUAGUAAGACGAUUAGUGCUCGGUGCGCACAAGUCCAACACCAAACCUGACUGCAGAAAGCCUUUACUACUAGAAGAUGUAUCUCGUCUAAUACUAACUACAACCUUACUUUUCUCCCAAAAUCCCUACAUGCAACUCUUGUGCCAGGCACUCAUCCUGGUAACAUUUCACGGUUUCUUUCGAAUGGGAGAGUUGCUCUCUAAAAAACGAGAGAUGGGGCAUCAUGUGGUUCAGUUUUCACAUGUCAUUGUUAGAAGCAAGUCAGUGCUCAUACGUUUACACAGGCAUAAGACAAACAAAACCAGCAAGCCAGUAACUAUUGUCCUGAAAGCAUCACCAAUACAUUGUCCUGUCCGCACCUUGAGGAAAUUUUUGGAAGUCAGGGGAAACCACCCGGGACCAUUAUUCACAUUGUCAAACAAUUUUCCCCUCACACUGGGUUCUUUUAGACCUACGUUUAACAAAAUUCUUACUUACUCCAAAUUCGAUCCCAAACAUUACACAUUUCACAGUUUAAGAAUUGGAGCUUGCACGCAAGCGGUCCUCUCUGGCAAAUCUGAACAAGAUAUCAUGCUUAUGGGCAGAUGGAAAUCCAAAGCUUUCAGAAGAUAUAUCCGUCUACCUCAGGUCACCUCAUAACUCACAGGGUCACCAAUCAAACGCAGUCUUAACCCCUCCAUUUGAGUUUAGUACUGAAGGUAUUGGUCGUGUACCUUCUAGUUCUCUUUUAUGUAGUUGGGGCAAUGGGUAAAAGAAUGCAUUUUAUUGUUAAUGUGUUAACUGCAUACAUAAGAUUGUAUUGCCUUUUAUAACACAUUUCAAUGUUAACCAAAGCAGCCAAGAUGUAAAUACGUGUAUAUAAAAAUUUCAAUGUUAACCAAAGCAGCCAAGAUGUAAAUACGUGUAUAUAAAAUUAUGUUGUGUUUAUCCAGUUACUGGGUGUCAAUUUACUUGCUAUCAUGUUGUAUACUUUUUCAUGUACAUUUUACUGUCAACAUUUUAUUGCUAUUUGUUUCUGUAGAUGUUUGCUUGUUCUAUUAGAACAGCUUUUCAAGGGAUUAUUUUCCCUAAUUAAACAUUGACCAUACCAAAGUUAUUACAUUCAACUGUAUAUCUUCUUCCACAUGCAUAUACCAUUUUAGAUAUUGGCUCAUUACUAUGUCGUACUAAAACUUAUUUUAUUCUCACUAUUUUUAACUUUCUUACAUACUGCCAUUGUGAACCUGUGAUAUUCCAUGACACCAUGUAUGGGUUUGUUCAUUUUUAUACUAUUUUACUUACAAUUAGUCAUUUUAAAGUGCAUUAUCUUUGUGUUCCGUGAUUUAUUACUAGUCAACACCUUUUUACUUGCUUAUGAUUUUAUUUUUGUGUAUUUGUCUGCCUUAGCCUUUAUAGCUAGGGAAACCUGUAAGUGUAUGAGUGUAUCUCUACACCACACGUAUCUAUUUUUUUGUUGUUUGUUAUGAAUUCCUUUUUAAUAGUUCUCUCUUUUUCCAUGCGCUCUCCAUUUCCUCGGUUGGACUGGUUUGUGGACUUUGUUGUUCGUCCAACUUUAUGGGACUAUGUUGCAUAUAUUUACUGAUUUCUUUUCACUUAUUUGCUUACGCUUUCAACAAUUAAUAAAUGUCGGUUGGAGCUUCUGCACCAGCCCUUUUCAAUCCAUUUAUUGUUGUCUAGUUUUUCUGUCCCACAAAUGAACUAGGAAUUUGGAGAGCAAAAAAUAUAAAAUUAUAAUUUAUAAGACGCAGGAUUUAUAAAUUGAUUUAUAUUUGUAGCGUACUUCCCCUUUUGUUAAGCAUACUGGUGUGAAACCUUUGAUAUCGAAUUUACUUACUGCAGUGUAACCUAUUCUAUUAUACGGAAGUUGCAUCACUCUUCAACAGGAUUCAUCACUGCGCAGAUCACUGUUUCAAAAAAAGCAAUUUUUACCACCAUCCCUCCCCCUCCUCCAUCGUCGUUAUGCUUUUUGUUGUGGUUUAUUUACAUAGUGUCUUUCCUGUUUUACCUCAAUUUUGUUGUUGUUUUGAACGUUUCAUGUAUGUAAUGCAAUGCUUUAUUCUUGCAUAAUAUUUUGUAUGCCAUGCCAUAUUUCUUGCUUGCAUAAUAUGAUAUCUCACAACUUGGACUUUGUUGUUCGUCCAACUUUAUGGGACUAUGUUGCAUAUAUUUACUGAUUUCUUUUCACUUAUUUGCUUACGCUUUCAACAAUUAAUAAAUGUCGGUUGGAGCUUCUGCACCAGCCCUUUUCAAUCCAUU